AUCAUCCCUGCGGCACUCUAUACUUGUCAGUGAGAUUAUUUCACUUCACUCUUCAUAAUACAAAUCACUUACUGGCAUGUUCCACUUUAGUUAAGAGAAACACCGACAGGCUGAGUCAUAACGCUCCUUUAGAUGGUUAGCUGUCAGUGGUUAAAUGACUCCAACUAAAGCAUUAGCAUCAUAACUGUGACCGUGAGAGGUUUUUGGUGCAACGUCACAGUUACAAAAUCCAACAACAGCCCAAAGGUGACAUCUAAAAAGUAAAUCUAUAACAAAGAAAUAGAUACUAAGGUUGACAGAAACUUAGAUGUUGUGCCAGAGAUGCAAAAUGAAAAUAGGGAAAAGUGGAUUCAUGUGUACACCCAUCACAUGCUGAUCACAUAAUGUCUGUAUAUGCUUCCAGCUGCUAACGCAGCAGAACCACAAGCUUUAUGUUUACUGUAACAAUGACAAUACUGCAUGAGAGUUCAUUUCUAUACUGACCACAUGCACUCAUCACUAUAAGACACAUUGAAGGUUGCACUGAUGCAGAAAACCACAGGGUCGCUCACUGAGAAAUUAGCUGCAUAAAAGGGUCGACUUGACACCAACAGAAUGACAGGUUGGGUUUGCUGCCAGAAUGAUGUAUCAUCUGCAGAAAUUUCUGCUUCUUCAUCUUCUGACAUGUCUCAGACAAAAUGCACUUGGGAGUGAAAUCAUACAUGGUAAAAAGGCACCAGAUGACUUAAUGCUGUAUAUGGCCUCAGUACAGAACAAUAAAGGUCAUGUAUGUGGAGGAUUCCUUAUCAGUGAAGACUUUGUGGUUACAGCUGCGCACUGUGACAAAAACGAAUCUACACAUGUUGUUCUCGGAACCCACAAUCUCAAGAAGGUUGAUAAUGGCACAACGACAGAUGUUAUAAAGAGAUGCAAGCACCCACGUUAUGUGAAUCGUACAUGUGGAAAUGACAUCAUGCUCCUCAAACUCUCUAGGAAAGUUCAACUGAACAACAGAGUACAACCUAUUCAACUUCCAAGGGCUGACAAUAAAAUAAAGGUUAAAGGAAAGUGUCGUGUAGCUGGAUGGGGUCUCACGAAAACUGGUGGUAAGGUGGUUGAUGUGCUGCAAGUGGCGGAGGUACCUAUCGUUAACCCAGCGGUCUGUAAGAGAGAAUGGAAAGAAAUUCGAGUCAAUCUUCCGGACGAUGUCAUCUGUGCGGGUGGAUAUGAUACAAACAAAGGAUUCUGUCAGGGCGACUCUGGUGGCCCUCUGGUGUGUGGUGGGACAGCAGCUGGUGUUGUGUCUUUCAACAUGAGAAAAAACUGUGACUACCCAAAUGUACCCAAUAUCUAUACGGAUGUAUCAAAAAACCUUGCCUGGAUCAAAGGAAUUCUCAAGAAAAAGGAUUGUUAAGUGUAACAUAGAAUGGCCUACUUGUCUUGUAUUGUGGAGUUAUCUGUUGGCUCUUCAUCUGAAAUGCAAAAUAAAACUUGCUGUAUGUCAUUUCCUGUUGUUUCAUUCUUCUUGAAAAGGCUACACAGGGCCCCAAAAAAUCAACUCACUAUCAAAAGCAUAAAUCCAACAGCUGAUGUACAGAAUA